AUGGACAUGACUGACAUAUCGAAUGGCGCGUUACCAGUUCAACAACCCUCUUUAUCGCGUCCACCGACACCAGCACGACCUGCUUCUCCUGUUUCUGAAAUGCCCUUGCAUGUUUCUUCACCUGAAGCAAUUUUAAUUCUCAAAGACGGUACAAGCUUUCGUGGCAUAUCCUUUGGUGCUGUGACCAAGUCUGUCUCUGGCGAAUGUGUCUUCCAAACUGGAAUGGUUGGAUAUCCCGAGUCACUCACUGACCCAUCAUAUCACGGGCAAAUUCUCAUACUUACUUUUCCCUUGAUCGGUAAUUACGGUGUUCCAUCACGCGAUGAAAGGAAUGAUUUCCUAGCCGACAUUCCCAAAUACUUCGAGUCUUCGCGAAUUCAUGUCGCCGGGCUAGUCGUCGGACACUAUUCCCGUGAUUAUUCACAUCAUCUUGCGAAAUCCUCUUUGGCCGAAUGGCUAAAAGAGAACAAAAUUCCUGCAAUUUACGGUGUGGAUACGCGUGCCCUUACCAAGAAAAUAAGGACUCAAGGUGUUUUAUUGGGUAAAAUCUUAUUUCCAAAGAGUGUGGUGGGAAACACUUCAAAUUUGAUGAGAGUUGGUAUGGAUGCCACUAGUAGGUUAAGAUCGGAGCCUUGGCUAAACGAAUAUCAAGAUAUCGAUUGGGUUGAUCCAAACGAAAAAAAUUUGGUGGCUGAAGUCUCGAUCAGAGAACCAAAAGUAUACAAUCCUGAUCCAACAAAAGCUAUUAAGGGAGUUAGUGGAAAAACUCUGCAGAUUCUUGCGAUUGACGUGGGAAUGAAAUACAGUCAGCUUCGCUGUUUUAUUGAUCGUAACGUGAAUGUUAAAGUUGUGCCGUGGAAUUACGACUUUUUGAAAGAAAAAGAUUAUGAUGGACUUUUCAUUAGCAAUGGACCGGGAGAUCCGAGUAUGGUUCAAGUAACAAUCGAGCGAUUACGUGUUGCUUUAAAAGAGGCGAAAACUCCAAUUUUCGGAAUCUGUUUAGGACAUCAGUUGCUCGGACUUGCGGCAGGCGCGAAAACCAUGAAAAUGAAAUAUGGUAAUCGUGGACAUAAUAUUCCUUGUACCGACAUGCUUUCAGGCAGAUGUUAUAUCAGUUCUCAAAAUCAUGGAUAUGCCGUGGAUGCUGGUACUCUCCCUGAAGAAUAUCAAGAGCUCUUUGUCAACGCGAAUGACCAUUCCAACGAGGGCUUUAUACACAAGACUUUACCGAUAUUUUCUGUACAAUUCCACCCUGAAUCGAAUCCAGGUCCAAGAGAUACGGAAUAUCUUUUUGACGUUUUUAUUAAUUCGGUAAUAGAUUCAAAUAAAGCCGGGAAGUUAGUCUACGUGAGAAUGCCUGGAGGUACAAGGUCUGAGAAUGAUAGAAAGAAUCCUCGCGUUGAUGUUAAGAAAGUUUUAAUAUUGGGAAGUGGCGGAUUAAGUAUCGGGCAGGCCGGAGAAUUCGACUAUUCUGGAAGCCAGGCAAUUAAAGCACUGAAAGAAGAAGGAAUCUAUACGAUUCUAAUCAAUCCAAAUAUAGCCACGAUUCAAACAUCUGAUUCCCUCGCGGAUAAGGUCUAUUUCCUGCCAGUAGAUCCCGAAUUCGUCCGUAAAGUCAUCAAACAUGAAAAGCCCGACGGCAUUUAUGUGACGUUUGGUGGUCAGACAGCUCUAAAUGUCGGUGUCAAACUCCGAAAUGAAUUUGAGAGUUUAGGUGUUAAAGUACUUGGUACACCAAUCGACACUAUUAUCACAACAGAAGAUCGUGAGGCUUUUGCACAGCUACUGUUAGAAAUUGGUGAGAAAUGUGCUAAAUCAGCUCCGGCGACCAACGUUCAGGAAGCCCUACAAGCCGCCAAAAUUAUAGGUUAUCCCAUCAUCUGCCGUGCUGCGUAUGCCCUGGGUGGCCUUGGAUCCGGCUUUGCCGAGAAUGAGGCACAGCUUACAGAGCUUUGUACGAAAGCUUUUACAACAAGUCCCCAGGUGCUUAUAGAGCGGUCAAUGAAGGGAUGGAAGGAGAUUGAAUACGAAGUCGUUCGCGAUUGCAGAGAUAAUUGUAUAACUGUCUGUAAUAUGGAGAAUUUUGAUCCGCUUGGUAUCCAUACGGGAGAUUCAAUCGUUGUUGCUCCGUCACAAACACUUUCGGAUGAAGAUUACCAGAUGCUACGUACAAGCGCAAUUAGCGUGAUUCGCCGCUUGGGUGUAAUCGGUGAAUGUAACAUCCAAUACGCUCUAAACCCAUUCUCUAAUGAAUACUGCAUCAUUGAAGUCAAUGCGCGUCUAUCUCGGUCCUCUGCUCUCGCCUCAAAGGCUACUGGCUAUCCACUAGCAUUUGUUGCUGCAAAAUUGGGAUUGGGAAUACCAUUAAAUGAAAUCAGUAACUCGGUGACUAAAGUGACAUGUGCUUGCUUUGAGCCUAGUUUAGAUUAUGUCGUAGUUAAGAUACCAAGGUGGGAUCUGAAGAAGUUCUCAAGAGUGAAUACGAGUUUGAGUUCUGCUAUGAAAUCUGUUGGGGAAGUGAUGAGCAUCGGACGGACGUUUGAAGAAACUAUUCAGAAGGCUAUUAGAUCAAUUGAUUAUCAUUUUAUGGGAUUUGGUGAGAAUGAUCAUGUUUCUACAAUAGAUGAAGAACUUGUGAACCCGUCCGACCAACGACUCUUUGCCAUAGCUAAUGCAUUCCAUAAGGACUAUUCAGUUGAACAAAUCUGGAAAUUGACCAAUAUUGACAAAUGGUUCCUUUCUAAAUUGAAAAAUAUUAUUGACCUUGAAUGCGAAUUGAGAAAGUAUAAACCUAUGAAUAUUACGCGUGUGAUGCUUUUAAAUGCAAAGCGACUAGGAUUCUCUGAUCGUCAAAUCGCAAAGGCAGUUGGAAGUACUGAAUUGGCUAUAAGGAAAAUUCGGCAAGACUUCAAUAUUAUACCAUUUGUGAAACAAAUAGACACAGUCGCCGCUGAAUUUCCCGCGCAGACCAAUUAUUUAUACGUGACAUAUAAUGCUGUCGAACACGAUGUAGAGUUUGGUGAUAAGGGAGUAAUGGUUCUUGGAUCAGGCGUUUACCGUAUUGGUAGUUCUGUUGAAUUCGACUGGUGCGCUGUGCGAGCGAUUCGCACUCUGCGUCGAAAGGGCAUUAAAACAAUAAUGAUUAAUUACAAUCCGGAGACUGUCAGUACGGAUUAUGAUGAAGCCGAUCGAUUAUACUUUGAUAAUAUUACCUUGGAAAGAGUAUUGGAUAUAUAUGAGGCAGAGAAUUCGUCUGGCGUUAUUAUUUCCAUGGGAGGUCAAGCACCAAAUAAUAUCGCACUUCUCCUACGCCAUCAGAACGUGAAUAUUUUAGGUACAUCUCCUGAUAUGAUUGACACUGCGGAGAACCGAUACAAGUUCUCUCGUAUGCUUGAUCGGAUUGGAGUUGAUCAGCCAGUAUGGAAGGAGUUGACAAACUAUGAUGAUGCAGUAGCAUUUUGCGGGAAAGUUGGAUAUCCAGUUUUAGUUAGACCAUCAUAUGUCUUGUCUGGUGCUGCAAUGAAUGCAGUAUAUUCAUCUGAUGAUUUAGAGAAUUAUUUACGACGGGCAGCAGCCGUAUCAAGGGAACAUCCAGUUGUCAUAUCUAAGUAUAUCGAGGAAGCGAAGGAAAUUGAAAUGGAUGCAGUAGCAUCGGAUGGAAAUUUAUUGAUGCAUGUCAUAUCAGAACACAUUGAGAAUGCAGGUGUACAUUCUGGGGAUGCUACCCUAGUAUUACCGCCUCAAGACCUUGACCCCGAGACAGUGAGUAAGAUUAAAUCGGCAACAGAAAAAAUAGCUAAUGAAUUAAAUGUAACGGGACCAUUCAACAUCCAGUUCAUAGCAAAGAACAAUGAUAUUAAAGUAAUAGAAUGCAAUUUGCGUGCGUCAAGAUCCUUUCCUUUUGCUUCGAAAGUCACGGGAAUAGAUUUAAUUGAAAUGGCUACCUUGGCUAUGUUGGGUAUACCUAUUGAUCCAUAUCCACAGCUUAAUUUACCAAAGGACUAUGUUGCUGUCAAAGUGCCUCAGUUUAGUUUUAGUCGACUAUCAGGUGCCGAUCCUGUCCUUGGGGUAGAAAUGGCAUCGACCGGCGAAGUUGCUUGUUUCGGACGGGACAAGUAUGAAGCCUAUUUGAAAGCAUUGAUAUCUACUGCGUUUACUCUACCAAAGAAGAAUAUACUGUUAUCUAUUGGAUCUUAUAAGGAGAAACUAGAAAUGUUGCCAUCAGUAACCAAAUUGCAUAAUAUGGGAUUUCAGUUGUUUGCUACAUCAGGAACAGCUGACUUUAUUCAGGAACACGGUAUUGCAGUCAAGUACUUGGAUAUUAGCAAAGGGGCUGAACAUAAGCCGGAGUAUUCAUUGGACCAACAUUUAGCGAAUAAUUUAAUCGACUUGUAUAUAAAUUUACCUUCCAAGAAUAGAUAUAGACGGGUCGCCAGUUUCAUGAGCAAUGGUUAUCGUACACGCAGAAUGGCUGUUGAUUAUAGUGUUCCCUUAAUAACAAAUGUUAAAUGUGCCAAGCUAUUCAUUGAGGCAUUGUAUAGGAACCCCGACCUUGAAGUUCGAAAUAUUGAUUGCAAAUGUAGUCAUAAGACGGUUACACUCCCAAGUCUUUUCAAUAUUUCAGCUUUUAUGCCUCAUAUUGCCGAGUCCGGUAAGAAUGACUUUGCUGAGGUCACUAAAGCAUCCUUAGCGGCAGGAUUUACAGUAAUCAAUACACUACCAAUUGGAUUAAACGAAUCAUUACGGGAUACUGGUACAAUGGCAAUUGCACAUACAAGUAGCCGUGGCAAUGGACACUGUGAUUAUGCUCUAUCAGUUGCUGCAACUGAGUACAAUGUCGAACAAAUAACCGAAGUAAUUCCAGAUGUUGCAUCACUUUUCAUACCGUUUAGUAACUUUGUAAAUGCACAGACACCGAAGAUAGCAACCUUAGCCAAGCAUUUCAGCAGCUGGCCAGUUCUAUCGCCCGUCAUUACGGAUGCUCAAGGUAAUGACUUGGCAUCCGUACUGUUAGUAGCUAGUUUACAUAGUAGGUCAAUUCAUGUGACUGGUGUCAGCACUAAAGAUGACAUUGAAAUAAUCAGACUCAGCAAAGAAAAGGGUUUGAAAGUUACUUGCGAUGUGGCCGUUUACGCUUUGUUUCUGAACACAGAGGACAUAGACGGUUGUGCUGAUAUUCUUCCGACACCAGCCGAUCAAUCUUCAUUAUGGAAACAUCUGGAUGUAAUCGACUGCUUUAGUGUUGGUACGCUUCCAUAUCGCCUUUCCGUGAAACUCGGUCGGGAGACGUGCGCGAGCGUUGGUAUUGAGGAGACUAUUCCGUUGCUUUGUAAUGCCGUAAAUGAGGGCAAAUUAAACAUUGAAGAUAUCAAAAAAAGACUUUACACCAACCCCCGUAAAAUAUUCAGCAUUCCAGAACAACCCAACACAUACGUUGAAAUAGAAAUUGAUAGAAAAAUCAAAAUAUUCGAUAAGCCAGGAAGAUGGUCACCAUUUGCUGGCCAGUCUCUAUUUGGGGCAGUGACUCGUGUCGUAUUACGAGGAGAAACAGCUUAUCUUGAUAACGGAUUUUACUCUGAUGGGAAUGCUGGUUGCGACAUCUCAACUAAAACUUAUAUAUUUACAAAAAUGCCCGCUGCUGAGGAACCUGUGGAGGCUGAACAAAAACCACAAACUAUAGGGGUUAAUACCCAGCCCCCGCCCAAAGCAACAAUUACAUCAGCCAAGGUUAUAUCUCCAUCAUAUGGAUCUGGUGAUAUUAUGCCUAUUAUGCCUAUUAUGCCUAAGACUGUUGCUCCUGAUUGGAUCCUUGAGCCACCACCAGUUAUGCCUGCAAAUCUCGAUCCCUUCCUCAAGAACUCCCCAUUUUACCGCAAGCAUAUUCUUUCCGUCAAGGAAUUCUCCCGGAAUGAUCUGCAUCUCUUAUUUGGAGUGGCCCACGAGAUGCGUACGCUAGUAGAGCGAUAUGGGUCUAUCAAUCUACUGCAAGGACGAGUUCUUUUUACUAUGUUUUUUGAACCAUCUACGCGCACAUCUGCUUCAUUUGAGGCAGCAAUGAAUCGAUUAGGUGGUCGUGUGGUAUCUGUUAAAGUGGAGAGUUCGUCGGUUGCAAAAGGAGAAUCAUUGGCAGAUACAGUAAGAACUCUGGGUUCGUAUGGUGAUUUGAUAGUGUUGAGACAUCCGGAACCAGGGAGUACUAAAGUUGCUGCAGAGUUUUCGACUGUUCCUAUAAUCAACGCCGGGGAUGGUGUCGGCGAACAUCCAACUCAGGCUUUUCUAGAUGUGUACACUAUUAGAGAAGAAUUAGGUACAGUCAAUGGGUUAACUGUAACUCUCGUUGGAGAUCUCAAGAACGGACGAACUGUACAUAGUCUAGUUAAAAUCCUUUCACUCUACCAUGUCACUCUCAAUUACGUAAGUCCUCCAUCAUUACGUAUGCCAGAAGACAUUAAGGUAGGUGUACAUAAACAAGGCACUCCACAACAUGAAUUUACCGACUUGGACGACGUAAUUGAGCAAACCGACGUUCUAUAUGUGACACGUGUUCAACGAGAGCGGUUUGUUGACGAGACUGAAUACGACGCAGUUAGGGAUUCCUAUGUUAUAAAUAAUAAGACAUUGGCGAAAGCUAAGCCUCAUAUGAUAAUAAUGCAUCCAUUACCUCGUGUUAACGAGAUUGAUCCUGAAGUAGAUUAUGAUCACAGAGCAGCAUAUUUCAGACAGAUGAAAUAUGGAAUGUUUGUAAGGAUGUCGCUCUUGGCGUUGACAGCUAUCGUACCGAACGUCGGUGAUAUCGAUCUAUGUGAGGGGCUCUCUCGCCUUACUUUCAGAGUGUUAGAGAUUUCAAGUUCAUUAUUUUGCGCGAACAUUCUAAAAUCUGGUAACGUGGAUGGCGUCUAUUAUGUGAACAUAGCAUUAUUAUGUGCUGAUUAUCUGCAAUGUUUGUUAAGGAAGCCACACGCGCCCAAAGUAGCUAGUUGA